AUGAUCAAGCCAACAUCACUGAACACACCACCCAAGAUCAAGAACAGCUACAGGUGGUUCCCCUAUUUCAGGGAUUGCAUUGGAGCAAUUGAUGGUACUCAUGUCACUGCAAAGGUACCGAGAUCAAUGUCUGCAGCAUUCCGCGGGAGGAAGCACUACACCAGCCAGAACGUGCUAGCAGCUGUGGAUUUCGAUAUGAGGUUCACCUACGUGCUUGCUGGGUGGGAGGGUUCAGCUCAUGAUGCGAGCAUCCUGGCCGACAGUUUGUCAAGGCCUGAUGGGUUGCAAAUCCCUGAGAGUAAGUUCUACCUUGGAGAUGCUGGAUAUGCAUGCCGACCUGGAAUUCUACCUCCCUUUAGGAAAACAAGGUACCACUUCAACGAGUUCUCUGCGAAGCAUCGACCUCUGAAUGCGAGAGAGUUGUUCAAUCUGAGACACUCAAACCUUAGAGUCACCAUUGAGAGGGCCUUUGUUGCAUUGAAGAACAGGUUCAAGGUCCUUGACCGGAAACCGUUCCACACGUUUGACACUCAAGUAAAGCAGGUCCUUGUUUGCUGCAUUCUUCACAACUAG